AAAACAGUUGAGUCGUAGAACUGUUGCAGAGCACAAGCUCAUGUUAAAAGAUUUUUCCUUAAUUAUAAAUAAAAUGACAUAGGGUAAUAAAAGCUAAAAAUAAAUACUUAUAUCUAAGUUACGGCAAUACAUUUCUAUCAGAAAUAGUAUUCACUGAUAUGUUACAAGGAAUUACUCAGUGUUAUGUAAAUACAAUUUUUAGACCCUACAUAAAAAAGUUAUGCUAUUGAUCUUUUCCAAUGUGAGUUCGAACAAAGAAUAUGGAAAACCCAUCAACUAACAGAUGCAAGCAUAAACUCGCUAAAAUUUUCCGUGCCCUCUACUAAGGGUGUGGUUUCUGGAGUCCGAAUUGCACCGAACGGCAGCCAUAUUGUGAAAAGUGAAAAAUGCUGGGUAGAAAGCAAAGCAUUAAGGGUGAAUCCAUCCUCGCAGAUUACGGCCCGGAAGAAUCUCUCAACGAAAGCGCCGAUAUCGAAUGGGUCAACAAGCUAUGGGUCCGACGUUUAAUGCGUUUGUGCGCAUUGGUAUCGCUUACAUCGGUAUCGAUGAACACACCGAAAACUUUCGAGCGAUACCCAUUUCUGCAGUAUUUCACGUUAUGCAGCGACACCAUCGUGACUUUGUUGUUUACGGCGGAAAUGAUUGCCAAAAUCCACAUACGUGGCCUGAUACGGGGAGAAGCUCCAUAUCUCAAGGAUCACUGGUGCCAAUUCGAUGCUUCCAUGGUAUUCUUCCUCUGGGCUUCCGUAGUGUUACACAUCUUCGAGAUGCUUGGAAUACUACCCAAGUUUCACUAUCUCACGAUCCUGCGGGCACCACGACCCCUGAUAAUGAUUCGCUUCCUUAGAGUCUUCCUCAAAUUUUCGAUGCCAAAAAGUCGGAUCAAUCAAAUAUUCAAACGAUCCAGCCAACAAAUCUACAAUGUCACGCUGUUCUUCCUGUUCUUUAUGUCCUUGUAUGGGUUGUUGGGAGUGCAAUUUUUUGGCGAAUUGAAAAACCAUUGCGUUCUCAACACAACGGAGAAAGAAGGUCUCACAGUAAACUCCCUGGCAAUACCAGAUACUUUCUGUUCAACAGAUCCCGACUCUGGAUAUCAAUGUCCAACCGGCAUGAAAUGCAUGAAAAUGGACUUUCUCUCCAAUUAUGUGCAAGGAUUCAACGGGUUUGAAGAUAUCGCCACAAGCAUAUUUACGGUUUAUCAGGCAGCAUCCCAGGAGGGAUGGGUUUUUAUUAUGUACCGUGCCAUUGACAGUCUUCCAGCUUGGCGAGCAGCGUUCUACUUCAGCACGAUGAUCUUCUUCCUGGCGUGGUUGGUGAAGAAUGUUUUCAUCGCCGUCAUCACCGAGACGUUCAAUGAAAUCCGAGUUCAAUUUCAGCAGAUGUGGGGAGUUCGUGGGCACAUUCAGAACAGCACUGCUUCACAGACCAUAACGGGAGAUGAUACUGGCUGGAAGCUUAUUACCAUUGACGACAAUAAGCAUGGUGGCUUGGCCAAUGAGACUUGCCACACUAUUUUGAAAUCUCCAUACUUCAGACUCCUGGUAAUGUCUACUAUACUGGCGAAUGGCAUUGUAACGGCAACAAUGCACUUUAAGCAUGACGGGCGACCGAGACAGGUUUUCUACGAAAAGUAUUACUACAUAGAAAUGACGUUCACUUUUCUGCUGGAUCUGGAAACUUUAUUUAAAAUAUAUUGCCUCGGUUGGAGAGGCUACUUUAAGCACUCGAUACACAAGUUUGAAUUGCUGCUAGCCAUUGGAACAAGCCUCCACAUCAUACCUGGCUUGUACCUUUCUGGAUUCACCUAUUUCCAAGUGCUUCGAGUAGUUCGACUGAUUAAAGCGUCACCUAUGUUGGAAGGAUUCGUAUAUAAGAUCUUUGGCCCAGGGAAGAAGUUAGGAUCAUUGAUCAUCUUUACCAUGUGCUUGUUGAUUAUUAGUUCAAGUAUAUCGAUGCAACUGUUCUGCUUUCUCUGUGAUUACACAAAGUUUGAAAGCUUCCCUGAUGCAUUUAUGUCUAUGUUUCAAAUCCUGACACAAGAAGCUUGGGUUGAAGUAAUGGAUGAGACUAUGAUACGAACAAGUAAGACGCUCACUCCUCUUGUUGCAGUUUACUUUAUAUUAUAUCACCUGUUCGUCACUUUGAUUGUGUUAAGUUUGUUCGUGGCGGUUAUUCUGGACAACUUGGAGUUAGACGAAGAUAUCAAAAAGUUGAAGCAGUUGAAAUUUCGCGAACAAAGCGCAGAAAUCAAGGAAACCCUACCGUUUCGCUUAAGAAUUUUUGAAAAAUUUCCAGAUUCGCCGCAGAUGACUAUCUUGCAUAAAAUUCCCAACGAUUUCACACUACCGAAGGUUCGCGAAUCAUUCAUGAAGCAAUUUGUGAUAGAUAUGGAUCCCGAAGAUCCGGCAUGUGUAGAGGGUUACAAACGACCCGUUUCCGAAUGUUGGGAAUCGAAGGUAGUGUAUCGGAAGCAGAAACCAGUAAAUGUGAUGAACAAAACGGCUAAAGUUCGAUCGGUGGGAAGCAGUUUGAGGAAAAUGGCCAUAACUCAUAUCAUCAAUGAUUCCAACAACCAGCGGUUGAUGCUAGGGGAUUCGGCCAUAAUCCCAGUAGCUGGAGCAAAAUCCGGACUAAAACCACAAGGCACUAUAACGCAACACAAACCAUGGAGAAUGGAUCAGAAGAAGUUUGGUUCGAGGUCGAUUCGCCGUAGCGUUCGAAGUGGUUCAAUAAAAUUAAAACAAACAUAUGAGCACCUGAUGGAGAAUGGAGAUAUUGGAGGUACUGGACGUGUGACAUCUUCCCGAGCUAGGCCGCAUGACUUGGAUAUCAAAAUAUUGCAAGCCAAACGGCAGCAAGCGGAGAUGCGACGAAAUCAACGAGAAGAAGAUCUGCGAGAAAAUCAUCCCUUUUUCGAUACGCCACUUUUUGCCGUGCCACGAGAGAGCAAGUUUAGAAAGAUAUGCCAACGAAUCGUACACGGCCGAUACGAUGCUAGGCUGAAGGAUCCACUGACUGGAAAUGAGAGAAAAGUGCAGUACAAAAGUAUGCACAACUUCCUCGGCCUGGUGACGUAUCUAGACUGGGUGAUGAUAUUCGUAACUACUCUGUCUUGCAUAUCAAUGAUGUUUGAAACACCACAGUACCGUGUGAUGGAACAUGUCACACUACAGAUCGCCGAAUAUAUUUUUGUUAUAUUCAUGAGCCUUGAACUCGCACUGAAAAUCCUAGCAGAUGGACUGUUCUUCACCCCCAAAGCGUACAUCAAAGACGUGGCAUCCGUGUUGGACGUGUUCAUCUACAUUGUAUCCCUUUCGUUCUUGAUAUGGAUGCCCCGACAAGUACCGAGCAGCUCGUCAGCACAGCUAUUGAUGAUCUUGCGUUGUUUGAAACCAUUGCGGAUAUUCACGUUGGUACCGCACAUGCGGAAGGUGGUGUACGAACUGUGCCGCGGCUUUAAGGAAAUUUUACUCGUAUCGACGUUACUUAUUCUGCUUAUGUUUAUCUUUGCUAGCUACGGUGUGCAGCUCUACGGAGGUCGUUUGGCACGCUGUAAUGAUCCAACGAUUAUUAAGCGAGAUGAUUGCGUUGGCGUGUUCAUGAGACGGGUGUUUGUGACAAAGAUGAAACUAACCCCAGGUGUGAACGAAUCUUAUCCAGCAAUGUUGGUACCGAGAGUUUGGGCUAAUCCCAGAAGAUUCAACUUUGACAACAUAGGAGAUGCUAUGCUAGCAUUGUUCGAAGUGCUUUCCUACAAAGGUUGGAUCGAUGUGAGGGAUGUCCUGAUUAAAGCGCUGGGUCCAGUGCACGCCAUCUACAUACACGUGUACAUUUUCUUGGGCUGUAUGAUCGGGUUGACUCUAUUUGUUGGCGUGGUUAUUGCCAACUAUUCUGAGAACAAGGGAACAGCUCUUCUAACUGUAGAUCAGCGCAGGUGGUGCGACUUGAAGAAGAGAUUGAAGAUUGCCCAGCCUCUUCAUUUGCCGCCACGCCCGGAUGGACGUAAAUUCCGUGCUUUCGUGUACGACAUAACGCAGCACAUUGCGUUCAAACGAUGCAUUGCGGUAGUAGUACUAGUGAACAGCAUGCUACUUUCGAUAACGUGGACGAAAGAUGAAAUCCACACAGAACGCCUGGUUAUUGUAAGCACAUUGCUUACAUUUGUUUUCGUGAUAGAGGUGGUCAUGAAGAAUAUUGCUUUCACUCCCCGAGGAUAUUGGCAAUCGCGACGUAAUCGAUACGAUCUAUUGGUCACUGUGGCGGGAGUAGUUUGGAUUUUCCUCCAAACAACACUGAGAAGCGACUUAUCAUAUUUCAUUGGCUUUAUGGUUGUCAUAUUGAGAUUUUUCACAAUAACUGGCAAGCAUACGACCUUGAAAAUGUUGAUGCUUACGGUCGGUGUCUCAGUGUGUAAAUCGUUUUUCAUUAUCUUUGGAAUGUUUCUGCUAGUAUUCUUCUACGCACUAGCAGGGACGAUUCUAUUCGGUACGGUAAAAUACGGCGAGGGAAUCGGGCGCCGAGCAAAUUUCGGCACACCAGUGACAGGAGUGGCCAUGCUGUUCCGUAUCGUAACCGGCGAGGACUGGAACAAAAUUAUGCAUGACUGUAUGGUUCAACCUCCUUACUGUACACCGGCUGCCAACUAUUGGGAAACAGAUUGUGGAAAUUUCACCGCCAGCCUUAUCUAUUUCUGCACCUUCUACGUAAUCAUUACAUACAUUGUACUGAAUCUACUUGUCGCUAUUAUUAUGGAGAACUUUUCAUUGUUUUACUCGAAUGAAGAGGAUGCCUUACUGUCCUACGCAGAUAUAAGGAACUUCCAAAACACAUGGAAUAUCGUGGACAUACAUCAACGAGGCGUAAUACCCGUUCGAAGAGUGAAAUUCAUCCUGCGACUAUUGAAAGGCAGACUAGAGUGCGAUCCUCAAAAGGACCGACUUCUUUUCAAGUAUAUGUGCUACGAGUUGGAUAAGUUGCAUAACGGCGAAGAUGUUACUUUCCACGACGUUAUAAAUAUGCUGUCAUACCGCUCCGUAGACAUCAGGAAAGCGCUUCAACUGGAGGAACUAUUGGCGCGUGAGGAGUUCGAAUACAUAAUAGAAGAAGAAGUAGCUAAGCAAACAAUACGAACAUGGUUGGAAGGCUGUCUGAAGAAAAUUAGAGCUAAUAAUCAGAAAGCGCAUAAUCCACUGAUUGCUGGUCUGCGAGCAACGAACGACAACCUCCAGAAGCAACAUCAGCAACAACAACAACAAAACCCUCAACAGGAUCAAGUAGAAGAGCCCGUUCUGAGCAAGGAGGUCAACCCUGAGUCUGAAUCGGCGGAACAAGCAGCAAAGGAAAUAGAGAACAACGCUAAAAAUCGGAAGAAAAAUCAAAACAAUUUGAUCCGAUCGGAUUCCACCGGAAGCACCAGCGGUCGCAAGUUCCUGGCGCCGACUCUUUCGGACCCACAAGCAAAAAAUGAGAAAGACCGAUACUUGAAGAAGAAAUCCCAGCGACAGCAGGGCUCGAAUACCAAAACCAUAACUCAGAUCAACGAGUUGAACCAUAGCCACACGUUGCACCAGCACUAUCACCAUUUAACGCAUGGAAGUGAAAUGCAGCAGAGUAACAGCAGCAAGGCAGGUCAUCCCCAUAUUAGUAUGGUCUACGAGGUACACGAUUGGUGGCAGGAGCAGGUUAUCUGUACACAUAGCGACGAUGAAGAUGUGUAGUAUUUAUAAUGGUUUAACUGAUAGUUCUAGUAACUUAAAUUUAGAGCCCACCAAGAUAUUUUCCUUGAUUGAAAUAAGCUCUAGAAAUGUUGCAAGCACAGGAUUUUAUACAAAAAUAAAGAAAGGCGAAAAUGUAGGUGCAUAGAUUGAAACUUUUUUUUUCUAUAUUUUAUAUACAAAGGUAUAACACAUUAGUAUUAUAGAAGUAUUAUUUCCUUGUUAAUUAUCAUAUUUUAUGAUAAAUUGAAACGUAUAGCGAUAGUAGGAAUACAGCAAAUUGACAUUAUACGGUUUUCUAGUGGUGA